AUGAACAACAGCAGGAAACAUUCGCGUCGCGGGGCAUUUCGGCCUAUCAAUAACCUCUCGUCGCAAACGAACCCUUCCUUCUCUCGCCACAUCGCCGCCACCAGAGCACCGCCUACACAGGUCCACGACAGUCCAGCUUCGCCUGGAGUAUCGGGCCACCUUACUCUCUUUUCCGACAAGGUUGGAAAGACAGAUCCGUCACAGGGCGGACUGCAAGAACGUUGGGCGCCCGAGAGCCCAGGCAGCGGUCUGGUCCUCGGAGACGAUAGCUCCCUGUUUGACGAGCGCGAGUUAGGCGCCGAGCCCAGCCCGCAUCAACCAAUCGAUUCGAUUGCGCCAUCUUGCUCCGGAUCCCACUCGAGGAAUAUUCGAAAACCCGACCGCACCGAUCCCGUCAUCCACACUUCACGGCCUACGUCACAAGCUACAAUGGUCAACGAGAGGGAGCCACCCAGGGCACCUGGCCAGCAACAACCGGCGCGCCCGGUGUUCGGCGUUCCCAACGAGGGACCCAAGUUCGGCGAGGCCAGUCCUCUGCGAAACCCGCUGAAGCGGGACAAGUACUCCAACCUCUUUGUCCAGCACAAGCCGGGGGGUUCGCGUCCUGAGUUUCACAAGACCAAUACUAGGGGGUUCCUUCCUGGCCAACAGCAGGACCAGGAUGUCGUCGAGAUCCCUAAGCCGCCGGCUCCGAAGCCGCAGACCGUUGCUCCCACGGCUCGGCCCAUCUACUCCUCCGCUCGCCCAGUGGGAGGUUUCCAGCCGAUCAACGGCAUGCCCGAGCACCUCAACUUAUCGGGAGAGAAGAAGAAAUCUGCAAUCGACCUCACCGGCAGCGACGACGACGAGUUUGACCCCGACGCUGCUAUCCGUGAUGAUCGCUUCGGCGCUGCAGACCCCUUCGCCUAUGUCGAUGCGAACCAAGCAAGCGAAAACAUAAAGAACCUGUUGGAGGGCGCUUUCGACGAUGAAGAGGACAAACCCAAGACCAGGCUACGCAAGAGGAGUCAGGCGAAGAAAAGCGCGGAUGAGAAGGCCGCCAGCUUGGCCGACAAGUUGAAGGCGCUGGAGGUGCAGGCCGCGGAGAAGGAGAAAGAAGCGGAGCCAGAAGACGACGAGGAAGAAGAUGAUGGCAGCGUGGAUGGUUUGGCCGUCAAGCUCCUCCCUCAUCAAGUCGACGGUGUUUCGUGGAUGAUGGACAAGGAAGUUGGCCAGCGCAAGAAAAACGGAGUCCUGCCCAAGGGUGGUAUUCUGGCUGAUGACAUGGGUCUUGGUAAGACAAUCCAGGCUCUCGCUCUCAUUCUUACCAACCCCCGCCCGGACCCCGAGGAACCCUCCGAAGAGAAGCCCAAAGACAAGAAGAAAAAAAUCGCAUCGACUGUCUGCAAGAGCACAUUGGUUGUCGCACCCCUCGCGCUUAUCAAGCAAUGGGAGAGCGAGGUCAAGACGAAGGUUCUGCCUUCUCACAAGCUCAAGGUUCUCGUGCAUCACGGCCCUUCGCGCACCAAGCGGGCCGAUGAACUGAAGAAGUAUGACAUCGUCGUCACCACCUACCAGAUCCUUGCUUCGGAACAUGCGGCUAGCUCAGAUGGCCCUGACGGCCCGAAGAUUGGAUGUUACGGUGUACAUUGGUACCGCGUCAUGCUUGACGAGGCCCACAGCAUCAAGAACCGAAACGCAAAGAUGACCCAAGCUUCCUAUGCUCUUAGGUCGCACUAUCGCUGGUGCUUGACCGGCACUCCCAUGCAAAACAACCUCGACGAGCUACAAAGCUUGAUCAGGUUCCUCCGGAUCAAGCCGUACGAUGAGCUCAGCCGUUGGAAAAAUGACAUCGCUGGCCCAAUGAAGAACGGCCGUGGAAACCUUGCCAUGCGGAGACUCCAAGUCUUCUUGAAGGCCUUCAUGAAGCGUAGGACCAAGGAUGUACUUAAGCAGGCGGGUGCACUCAACCCCGGUGGAAAGCCCACCGCGGAGGGUCAGAAGAGCGAAGGUUUCAGGAUCGUGGGUCGUAAGGUUGAGACUGUCGUUGCCGAAUUCAGUCCAGAUGAACGCAAGUUUUACGACCGCCUGGCAGACCGAGCACAAAGUCGUCUUAACGAGAUGAUGGGGGGAGAGAAGGCCGAUUACAUUGGCGCCUUGGUUCUGCUUUUGCGUCUGAGGCAGGCCUGUAACCAUCCGGAGCUGGUCGGCGGUCAGGUCGGCAAGGACAAGGAUGCCAUCAACGGCGCUGGCGCUGGUAUCCCCAAGGAGAUGCAGACUCCGAGGAAGCCCCGGGCAGAAGAGGCCAAGGAGCUGGACGACCUUGCGGACUUGUUCGGCGGCAUCAGCGUGGCGACGAAGCAUUGCGAUGUUUGCCAGAUUGAGCUCUCAAAGGCCGAGGCUUCCGCCGGUGCUGUGAGAUGCGCAGACUGCGACGCCGAUCUUGCAGCUCAGAAAUCGAGACACAAGAAGAAGAAGCACGUGUCGAAGACGAAGGCGAAGAAGGAGGUUGUCGAGGAUGAGGAUGAGGAUGAGGAUGAGGAUGACGAUGACGAUGACGAUGACGAUGACGAGGACGAGGACGAAGACGAAUCUCCUGUGAAGCCAACUAAGCUCAUGCGGAAGAAGAGGGUCGUUCUCGACAGCGAUGACGAAGAUGAGGAAGGCGAGUGGCUCGUUCCAGAAGAUCAACGCGAGAGUGAAGAUCUGGGGAAAGCUGGUGGCACCGAUGAUGAGAAUGCGGAAGGCGGCGGCGACUCACUGGGAUCUGAAGAUUCGGAGACCGAAGACGACGAGCCCGACACGCCUUCAAAAAAGCCAAAGAAGAAGGUCAUCAACCUCGUUUCGUCAGAAGGCGAACAGCAAACGGAGGAUUCCGCCUUGGAGUCCGAGGAAGAAGACGAGGAUGAAGAUUCCGAAGUGGAGAGCGACGAAGCUUCGUCCGACGACGAGGGCCCAGUCCCCUCCACCAAGAUCCUCCGGCUGCUGGACAUCCUCGACAAGGAAACCCCGGACCACAAGGUCAUCGUCUUCAGCCAGUUCACGUCGAUGCUGGACCUCAUCGAGCCCUUCCUCCGCAGCGCCGGCCACCGCUUCACGCGCUACGACGGCAGCAUGCGCAACGACCUGCGCGAAGCCUCGCUCAACAAGCUGCGCAACGACCGCGCCACGCGCGUCCUCCUCUGCAGCCUCAAGUGCGGCUCGCUCGGGCUCAACCUCACCGCCGCCUCGCGCGUCGUCAUCCUCGAGCCCUUCUGGAACCCCUUCGUCGAGGAGCAGGCCAUCGACCGCGUCCACCGCCUCAACCAGACCGUCGACGUCGUCGUCUACAAGCUCACCGUCCGCAAGACCGUCGAGGAGCGCAUCCUCGACCUGCAGGAGGCCAAGCGCAAGCUCGCCAACGCCGCCAUCGAGGGCGGCAAGGCCAUCAACAAGCUCAGCAUGCGCGACAUCAUGAACCUCUUCAGGCGCGACGCCGAGCACGAGCAUCCCGUCGAUACGCACGACAUGGAGUUCAGCGGUACCGGCGCGUUCAAGGGCGUGCUGGGUCGCGCGAUCGACGUGCAGGAGGAGGCGGCGGGCGAUCUGAACGUUAGGGAUUGGAGCGCGGCGAGGCAGGGCGGUUAUGAGAGGAAGAAGGGGAGUGGCAGCAGUGGGCGCGCUGAGCAUGCUGUUUAUGGCAGGAGGUAA